AAACAUUAACAGAAAAUGUUAUGUGUAUCGAAGUGGAUGAACUGCUAAAUUGGUUCAUUUGUUCAGUUUAGUGAAUCGUUCGAUCGAACUUAUUCCGGAACUCUGCCAGACACCAGCCAAGAUGACCAAAGAUGUGGACAGCGCGGAAAUAGAUAAUGUUGGUGCAGUGGUAAAUGAUGAAAACAAGAUGCCGCUUCGGUCAGAAAACAAACCAAACGAUGGUGCCGCAUCGGAGUCGAAUGGCACGCAAAACGGUGAAAAUAAGUCGGAGUCAAAUUCGCCCCAACCCAACGGAAUUCAAAACAAUGAGGAUGCUGCAGAUGCUGAUGAGAACGAACUGCUUAAGCGCAUGCGUGGUGAUGCCGUUGGCGAGACAAUGUACAGCAAAAAGUUCAUAUUGCAGACACUGAUGCGUCUCAGCCAGCAGCCAGCGCAGACAGCAUUGGGGUUGGAGCUGGAGGAUGAUUUGUGCAAGGUGUGGGAUAUGUCUGUCUCGCCGGAAGUUGUCGCCCUGCUACUGGAGAAUGAUGCCAUCGAGCUAAUCAUGUUUGCCAUCUCAUCGAGUGAAGAUGUUCGCCUGUAUGAGAUACUUAUUGGACUGCUGGGCAACAUGUGCGCGCAGGUGGAAUGUGUGGAGCAGCUGACGGCACACGCGGAUUGGAUUGAGAUGCUGCUAAAGCUGAGCACUUGCAUGGACACAUGCAUGCUGCUCCAGCUGAUGCGUGUCUAUCAGUAUGUCAUGGCGCAUGUGGUCAGCGGCAAGGAGCAGCUGGCCAUCGAUUGGUACAUUUGCUUUGCCGCCUUCGAUAGCUCAGCAAAGAAUCUCGGCUUCAUACUGCAGCAAUCUGUUAGCGAUGAGCUGCUGAUAGCUGCGCUUAAGGCCAUUAAUGCUGUGCUGGCCAGCUGUGCUCUGGUGGAAGAGGAGAACGCCCAAACGCCAGACAUUAAGCUGAAACCCUUCUCCGAAGUGUUUCUAGUGCCUGAGCUGUGCGAUGGCGUCAAUAAUGCUUUUGUGCGUCUCAUGCGCGACGAUCUGGCGAAGCUAACAGAUGAGGUCGAUAGCGUUUCGGCUGAGCAGGCACCAGCCGGCGUUGAUGAUACCGAUGCGGAUGAGGAUGGCGACGAGUCGAGCACACCAAAAAUAAACUGCGAAAUCGAAGUAAUUCAAACCUACCUCAAUAUAUGCACCAUAUUAGUGCAGCUGCCAGAAGCGCAGUUAUCCAUGGAUCUAUAUGCCUCCAGCAUUAUGUUUUGUCUGACCCGCAUUUUACAAUUUCUGCAGCAGCCCAUGCAGCUGCUGCCACUGGGCGAGCGACAGGAGGAAUACCUAGAGGACUUGGCCCACAUAUGCAGCUGUCUGAAAUACUUCUAUGACAAGGCAGCUUUUGCUCAUCUGCUCAGCGUCUGGUCAAUUCUGCGACGGCACAUUGAAGACUAUGCCGAAUACGAUGAAAAUGAUUUUGAUGCCUACGAAGAUGAGCCACGUUCGCAGUACGAGGAAAAUGCAUUCAAACUGCUACGCCUGCUGGGUCAUAUGCUCGUCAGAGCUGACGUCCCAGUUUUGGCGAAGGAUAUACAAGAAAUUGAUGCCAUCAAAGUGGAAAUGUUGCGCGCUACUUUGCAAGCGGAACAGGUCGAAGAUGUGCUCCUUCAGAGGGCACAUCAGCGCCUCAGCGCGGUUUUAAAUGACAUAGCUGGCCAAGCCAAAUAAUAAUACU